AUGGAGGUGGAUAUCGGAUCGCAGUUGUCGUUGGAACUGACAAGGAUAAUUGAGUGUCCCUACCCGGCCUCGCUGUCAAAACUACGGGAUCUCCUUGCUCAUGCUGAUGAAGUGACCAUUCAGUCCUGCAUCCAAGACCAACCGUCAUGUGCAGUGACGAGGCUGGCUACGCUCAUAUGCGAUGCUUUACCUCUAUGGUCUUAUACUUCGCAUGUACUGCAGCUUCUGUGCUGUGCUCCUGAAUUUACCAAGAAGCUCUUGCUUCAAAGCCCAGGUUUUCUCAAUGCUUUGCUUGUGAAGGCGAACUCUUCGCAGCAAGACUUCGAGGACUACCUGGCACUAUGUGUCCAGCUUCUGUCAAGGCCGCUUCCGGAGUCUAUACCACUACCCGCAAGUGCCCAGUCGUUCUUCCUUCGAGUGUUUGAGCGGGCUACCCAGAAUCCGGAUGUGAGCACUCUCCAGCCUGUGUACAGGAUGCUCAACGGAGCAUGUCGGAAACUCCUCGGUCUUCUCACAACCGAUGUACGACAGCAGUUUGACCGUGAGCUAUGCCACAUCCUGUCUUCAAAUGGUACUGGCCAGAACUCUAUGUUGUUGCUGUGGUGCUUCGGGAUAGUAAUCCUUGCAGAGCAUCCAGAAGAUGUUCAUGGCUCACAGGAUCUUGGUUACAGACAGUCAGUAUUGACUGAGAGGCAAUGGAAGACAGUAUCUGGGCGCAAGUUGUUCGGAUCAACAAGCGGGCUGUACAAAACCAUUAACUUGACCUACCUCAGUGUCAUAUGGGCCACGAAGGGUGAUGUUGGUGUGUCAGACGCCGAGGCUAUCGAGGGCAUACGCAUAGCUGUGAAAGCACUACGUUUCGUGGACGGUGAGGCUCGUGAGGGCUGGCCCAGCUCGAGCGCGUUGGCCAAAAACAUCUUUCCUAAGCUCCCUGCCAAGAUUAUGCGCAGAGGCAUAAACCCAGCCGUUCAACUCGAGGCUCUAUGCUUCUAUGCGAUGAUUGCAGGGGCGAACAACCUUCCAAUAGAGGUCGUAACGCAGUACCACUGUUGUUUAAUCGCACUCGAGCACCUGACAGAUGCCAGUUCGUUACACGAGAUUCUUGAAGUCUCACUUCCCAUCUUUGCUCCACAAUUACAAGACAGUUUGUUCCGGGCGUUGCUCACUCAGAUGAUGGAUGCAUGCAUCGCAGACCCGGCCACACGCUCUCUUACAAAUCUUGUUGUCCUAGUAGAGACUAUUACUGUCGUGUCGUCGACUUGCGAAGCCUUGAGAGCAAAACUACUACUAGCACUCUCAUCAACGACAUUACAAGCCAAAGUCUGGGAUUUGAUCCGAGCUAAUGCGACAGUUGCAAAUGCCAGGUGUCCUACAUAUGCCGCUGCGUUGCAUCGAGACGUAGCCGCGGCAACGAUUUCUUUGUUGUUAAACGCAGUUAUCUCAGUGCAGCCAGGAGAGACCUCAUUACCACAAAGUCUUGCAUCUGCUCUGAUCACGAAGCAGCGCAAGCUCCCCUAUGUUUCCAGGCAAUGCUCACACACUCACACUGCUCCGGGUGGUCCUUCUAUAUCACUCUUUCAGCAAGAAUCGACACCUUUCACAGGCCAACACCUCCAAGACUGGAGGACUCGGUUGAAGUCCGAGCUUGUGAGCCAAAAUUCCUACCAGCGCGACUCCAUCGUACGCUCGGUCGCGCAGAUCUGCCAAGAUCUUGAAACACGAUGCAAUACGGUAGAGGAGCCGCUUCGUCGGGAGAAAGCAAGAUCGAGAGAACUUGAGCAGCGUGUGGGGGAGCUCAGUGAGCAAGUUUCCUCACUCGAGUCACAAGCGGCAGAUGACCGGUUCCACCUCGAUGGACUGGAAGAUGAAAAGCUCGGUAUCGCAGACGAAAAGGAUAGGCUCAGUGUGAAAUUCAACGAACUUCAAGUCCAUUUCGACGAGGCCAGGCGAAAUGCCGACGAGGCGCUCCACACCGCUCAGGAGGAGUCCAAUGCGAGACAGCUUGAGCUACGCUCGACGAUCUUGAACCACGAGGAACAACUCCGUAGUCGCGAAGAUGACAUCCAGAGACUGAACAACACGAUAGCUCAAGGACGGGACUCUUUGGAACAUACAGAGGAAGAGCUUCGAGCACUUGGCGAGCGAUACGAGAACUUGCAGACCCGCCUUAACGAUGUCGGCCGCCAGCUCGACGACGAGCGAGAAACAAAAUUCAGGCAAUCUGAGGAAAUCUUACGCCUCAAGGAACGUGGCAUCAAUCUCGAACAUCAGCUGCAGAGUACUGAAUCUGAACUGGAGGUCACCACUGGGCAACUGAGCGAUUUAGAGGUCAGCCACCAAGAAUUGAAGCAGUCAUCAGAGGACACAUUGAGGAAAUUGGAGGCCAGCUAUACCACUGACAUGGAAGCGGCUGCUGUUAGAGCUGAAGAAGAGUACAAUAAACUAAACAAGAAGCUCACAGAUUCCCUCCAAAGCAGCUGGCAGCUCAAGGAUGCCCAUGACAAGACUCGGCGAGAGCUGCAUUCCCUACAGAAUUCAUUUUCGACGCUAGAAACCAAAGCGCAAGAACUCGAUAUUCUUUGCGGCGAACAAGAGGAGGAGCUGGAAGAACUGAGAACCCUGCGCAAGAAUGUCCUGGCAUCCAUGGGUCUUGCGACACAAAACCCUUUGGCGAUUCGAUCAGCAUCUCGGUCACAAAAGGAUGGCACUGUCACGGAGACUCCGCAAGAACCACGACAGCACAGGCGCCGAAAGUCGGCUAUCAAACUCCACGACCUUGCACCAAACCCCACGACAAUAGUUCAAAACCUCAACAGCACUGCAAUGGACGACAUUGCUGAAGCAUCAUUCGCUUCCUCUCUGGACGACUCCCAGAACGGCUCGACACCAAAACGCCAAAGGCCUUGCCUAUCCUUUAAGAUGCCCACAAUGCAGACGCCUUCUAAUCAGAGGCCAGCUCUCGCUUCGCGCUCGACAUCGAAGAAGCUGUCGCCAGUUAAACGCUCAGCUUUGCGUCAAAUGUCCCCAAACCGCCGGCAUACCACGGUUGGCUUUGCACUCUCUGAGACCGAGGACCAGGUGCAAAUUCAGGACGCAGGCUUGGCAAGAAAGAGGCGAGGAAGUCUGCGUGGAGCUUCCCAAGACGAUUUUGACAUGGAUGACUUCCUUGCAGGUACACCACUGACACCAGGUGCUUUCACAUCAGGCACUGGAAGAGUACCUGAGGACGAUGUAAUCACCACUGAGCUCUGA